AUGGCUUCAAAUGAUCUCAAUACCUUGAUGGCCCCAAGAGUUUCUAAUGGCCCAAGGAUCUAUGAGGAUCCCAAUACAUCGACAUCUAUGAACAGGUAUGAGGCCCCAAGAAACUUAAAGGCUUCCAACAUCAUGGAGACCUCCAGUACUUUAAAGGACCCCAGAAUCUCUGAGGCUCAAAGCACCUCUAAGGCCCCCAGCACUUCUGAGGUCCCAAGUACCUUGAAGGCUCUGAGCACCUUGAGUGUUCCAAGCACCACAGAGACGGUGAGUGCCUCAAAGACCCUAGACAUCUCAGAGGUCCCGGCUGCCACAAAGGCCCUUACCACCUUGAAACCUCCAAGCAUGCAUGAGACCUCCACCACUUUAAAGACCCUAAGCACCUCAGAGGCCUCUAGCAUGUUAAAGGCCUGGAGUACCUUGAAGGAUCCAAGCACCUUCAGAUCCCCCAGCACCUUAAAUUCUCUGAUUGCAUCUGAGUCUCCCAGUACUCCAGAGGCCCCUGGAAUCUCAAAGGAACCCAGCUCUUCAGAGAUCCUUAGCUACUCAGAGGCCUCAAACAUCUCUCAGAAACAAAGAAUCUCAAAGGCUUGGGGUAUGUUGAAGACCCAGAAAAACUCAAGAUCCCCAAGCACUAUCAAACGUGAGAAAAGUUUCAAAAAAGGUCUCCUAACUGUGAUGUUAGGCAUCAUUUUCAUGGUGGGCACCUGUGCUACAGAAAGCCUCAUUUGGGAGGUUCUGCAAAAGUUAGGGGUGCAGCUGAAAAAGAAGUACAGAAUAUUUGGGAACUUAAAGAAGGUAAUCACCCAAGAGUUUGUACAGCGUGGGUACCUGGAAUAUAAGCCAGUGAACAAUGGUAGUCCACUGGAAUAUGCAUUCUUCUGGGGACCUAAAGCCAACCGGGAAAACAGCAAAAUGGAAAUUUUACAAUUUGUAGCCAAAGUUUAUAACAGAGACCCCAGGGAUUGGCCAUCACAAUAUAGCGAAGCUGUGAAACAGGAGGAGGCCAGAGCCAGGAUGAAAACCAAAGCACUGACUGAUGUCCGAGUCCAAGCCCAUGCCAGAGUUCAAAUACCUGCAGGUGUUUGUGCAAGUUCCAAUACCAAUUUUGCUGGCACUUCCAGUGCUAAUACCAGCAACAAGUCCUGCAGCUAG